AUGGCGUAUCAUCGGCAGACGGCUCAAGAUCGAAGGGACUUCGACAAGUUCACGAAGUUCUUCGUCUUAAAAAGCGUUCAAGUCCUCGUACAGUCCCGCUUGGGAGAGAAAAUUAACAUGAAGAGUGAUGGAGCUGAAAAUGUUCGUGUUGGUGGAGUGAUCACACCUUUGGGUACAAUUCAGGCAUCUGUGUCAUGCCGGACAAAACUGACACUCAGUCCACAACGCCUGAACAAGUCUUUCCCGGUUGCAGUCAAAGAUGACUAUUUCCAACAAGAUAAUCAGCGUAUCUUCCAUGAAAAUGGGACCUAUGCCAAUGGAAGGAGUCCUCCUGAGAAGAAGGCUCAAGGAUUUGAAGAAGAAAAAGAUGUGUUUGCAAUACGGAAGGUGGGAGCCUUUGCAAAUGAUUCCCUAUCAAGCAUGUCCUCGCAGAUCUUCAUGCAAGAGUCACCAAUGCUUUUGUUGCUCAGUAAAGGUGACAGCUCUAGCAUGUCAACUAAAACUGGAGGAAGUGAUACAUCGUGUAGUGAUGCAGUGAUGAAGUCUGAUAAUGAAGGAGAAGAACAUGUCCCAGGUGCCACUAAACCCCAGUGCAUUCCAAAACGAAAGGAAACCCAGCUGAAUCAUAUUCUGAAGCAUGUUACUACUCGAAGUCCCACACUUUCUGAUCGAAUGUCCAUUGCCUCAGACAGUCCUCCACCAGAUGAUUUCGUUAUGGUGGAGUUGAAUCCUCCAUUUGGUACAACAGAUGCAUCCAAGGACUUGGGCGCUUUUUAUCGCAUGUGUCAAUCCCGGCCUCCCCUCUUGGCAUUCUCUGACCCUGUGUCAUUGAAGGAAGAAGUUGAGAACCUUGAGGAACAGUUGAAGAGUUUUGAGCUGGAACAGAGUGAAUUUAAUGAAUUUGUUCACACUUUGGAAAUGUCUGGCACUGAACCUGGAGCUGCUGCUACUGUUCUGAGGAGAGCAGUUGAAUUGGAUGAAAAGAAGCGAUACACAGAAGCAUUCAUUUGCUAUGAACAAGGCCUACAACUACUUCUAACUGAACUCAAAACUGUACAGGAUGAAAGGAUGAGGUUAGCAAUGAGGAGGAAGGCUGAGGAAUAUAUGAAGAGAGCUGAGAAACUGAAGAGCAUGAUUGAGAAUGCGAAAGCAACCGGUGACUUUCAUGAGCAGCAAGCCAUUGAAGAUGGGUCAAUUGGACAUAGUUAUGAGAGUGUUUUUGGUCACUUCAUGGAUAACCUGGUGGAAAAGGUUGAAGUUGAUGAUGCAUAUGUCAGAUCCAUACAUCAAAUCUACAAUUUCCUGCGCUUCUGUGAGCUAUGUGUGAAGCGAUGCAGUCAAUUGAAAUCCAUUCAUCUGAACACUGGUCAAGGUGUGUCAGUAGAAGAAAAUGCUUUGCAAAUAACUAGGCUUCAGUCCCUCCAAUCGAGUCUUCAACAGCGCCAUAUUGGCUUGACGUGGGAUUUCUCUCAGUCUCUUCAUGACAGGGAGAUCCGGUUGGACAGUGGUUGGGUCAUCAAGAUUGGCCGUGGGCUAGACUACUUCAAGCCCCCAGAGAAUAAGUUCUGCAUUGGCUAUUGUGAUUAUGAUCUACGUCCAUGUCACCAAACAACUGUUGACAUCUUCCAUUCCAAGAAUGUCAGACCCAUAUCCAGUAACCAGAAGAGAUGACUGAAAUGAAUCAUCAUAGAAUCAUCUCUUUAUAUUUCAUUUUUGAUAAUACAUAUAUUUUUUUCCCAUUA